AUGUCUAAAGCUGAAUCAUUCGAGUUCCAAGCGGAGAUCACUCAAUUGAUGAGUUUGAUCAUCAACACCGUUUAUUCAAACAAGGAAAUCUUUUUAAGAGAAUUGAUUUCAAAUGCUUCUGAUGCUAUUGAUAAAAUUAGAUAUCAAUCUUUAUCUGAUAAAUCUCAAUUAGAAACUGAACCUGAAUUAUUCAUCAGAAUUACUCCAAAACCAGAACAAAAAGUUUUGGAAAUUAGAGAUACUGGUAUUGGUAUGACUAAAGAAGAUUUAGUUAACAACUUGGGUACCAUUGCUAAAUCUGGUACUAAAUCAUUUAUGGAAGCUUUAAGUGCUGGUGCUGAUGUUUCUAUGAUUGGUCAAUUCGGUGUUGGUUUCUACUCUUUAUUCUUGGUUGCUGAUAGAGUUCAAGUUAUUUCUAAAAACAAUGCUGAUGAACAAUACAUUUGGGAAUCAAACGCUGGUGGUAAAUUCACUGUUACUUUAGAUGAAACUAAUGAAAGAAUUAACCGUGGUACCAUCUUGAGAUUAUUCUUGAAAGAAGAUCAAUUAGAAUAUUUGGAAGAAAAAAGAAUUAAAGAAGUUAUUAAACGUCAUUCUGAAUUCGUUUCUUAUCCAAUUCAAUUAUUAGUUACUAAAGAAGUUGAAAAAGAUGCUCCAGAAACUGAAGAAAAAAAAGAUGAAGAAUCUGAUGAUAAAAAACCAAAAUUAGAAGAAGUUGAUGAAGAAUCUGAUGAAAAAAAGGAAAAAGAAACUAAAAAAAUUAAAGAACAAGUUGAAGAAUUAGAAGAAUUAAACAAAACUAAACCAUUAUGGACUAGAAACCCAAGUGAUGUUACUCAAGAAGAAUACAAUGCUUUCUACAAAUCAAUCUCAAAUGAUUGGGAAGAUCCAUUAGCUGUUAAACAUUUCUCUGUUGAAGGUCAAUUAGAAUUCAAAGCCAUCUUAUUUAUUCCAAAAAGAGCUCCAUUUGAUUUAUUCGAAUCUAAAAAGAAGAAGAACAACAUCAAAUUAUACGUUCGUCGUGUUUUCAUUACUGAUGAAGCUGAAGAAUUAAUCCCAGAAUGGUUAUCAUUCGUUAAAGGUGUUGUUGAUUCUGAAGAUUUACCAUUAAACUUAUCAAGAGAAACUUUACAACAAAACAAAAUCUUAAAAGUUAUUAGAAAAAACAUUGUUAAGAAAUUAAUUGAAACUUUUAAUGAAAUUGCUGAAGAUGCUGAACAAUUUGAUAAAUUUUACACUGCUUUCGGUAAAAACAUUAAAUUAGGUGUUCAUGAAGAUUCUCAAAACAGAAACUCUUUAGCUAAAUUAUUACGUUAUAACUCAACUAAAUCAUCUGAAGAAUUAACUUCAUUAUCUGAUUAUGUUACUAGAAUGCAAGAACAUCAAAAAAAUAUUUACUACAUUACUGGUGAAUCAUUAAAAGCUGUUGAAAAAUCUCCAUUCUUAGAUAUCUUAAAAGCUAAAAACUUUGAAGUUUUAUUCCUUGUUGAUCCAAUUGAUGAAUAUGCAUUCACUCAAUUAAAAGAAUUUGAAGAUAAAAAAUUAGUUGAUAUUACCAAGGAUUUCGAAUUAGAAGAAACUGAAGAAGAAAAAGCUCAAAGAGAAAAAGAAGAAGCUGAAUUUGAAAACUUGGCUAAAGCUUUGAAAGAAAUUUUGGGUGAACAAGUUGAAAAAGUUGUUGUUUCUCAUAAAUUAGUUGAUGCUCCAGCUGCUAUUAGAACUGCUCAAUUUGGUUGGUCAGCAAAUAUGGAAAGAAUUAUGAAAGCUCAAGCUUUAAGAGAUACUUCAAUGUCUUCAUACAUGUCUUCCAAAAAAAUCUUUGAAAUUUCACCAAAAUCUUCAAUUAUUAAAGAAUUGAAAAAUAAAGUUGAAUCUGAUGGUGCUCAAGAUCGUACUGUUAAAGAUUUAACUACUUUAUUAUAUGAAACUGCUUUAUUAACUUCAGGUUUCACUUUAGAAGAACCAACUUCAUUUGCUUCAAGAAUCAACAGAUUGAUUUCAUUAGGUUUAAACAUUGAUGAAGAAGAAUCAACUGAAUCUCAACCAGAAGCUUCAACUGAAGCUCCAACUGAAGAAAAAGUUGCUGAAACUGAAAUGGAAGAAGUUGAUUAG